AGACUAAGUAUUUCCAUUUGUCUUGCAGCUCACUUUUAAGUAAUGACCGAGUAACUUGCAUAAAAGACAGGGAUUGCGGUUAAACAUUCCACAUUCCUUCCUAAACAUGGCCAGAUACCCGCACUUUCGUUUCUUUUUCUUAAAUGUUGGGUGUCUGGGUUUCUUGCUAUCUAUAACGGCUGUUUUGACAGAUUUACCCCCCAAGGCUCCUCCGUUACAUUCUUUCCAGAGCCAUUUGCUUCACCAUGGCCUCCCAUGAGCUCAAGCAAAUGGCGCCUGCCACUUCGCACGAGGUAGAGGGUCGCCUCUCAAGUAAAGAGACAGAUGAUGUCAAUUUGAUCCGCUUGGGCAAACGCCCUGUCUUGAAGCGAAAUUUCGGCUUAAUGUCAAUGCUGGGUUUCAGCUGCACGAUUCUCAUCACGUGGGAAGGCAUUGUCGUACUAUUCUUGCAGGCAUUUCAAAAUGGAGGCCCAGCAGGAGCCGUGUAUGGCUUCAUCUUCGUUUGGGCCGGUGUUGCAGCGACCUUUGUGGUUUUAUCAGAGCUGGCAUCAAUGGCACCAACAUCCGGCGGUCAGUAUCAUUGGUGCUCUAUGCUGGCACCUCCGUCUGCAAUGAAGCUCUUCAGCUACCUAACAGGCUGGCUCACGGUCAUCGGAUGGCAAGCAACGUUUGCAACUUCGUGCUUUCUUUCUGGAACGCUCAUCCAAGGCCUUAUCGUCCUCACAAACUCCAGUUAUGAGCCCAAGAACUGGCAUGGGACUCUCCUUUUUUGGGCCGUUGCUGUUUUCUCCGUGGGUAUUAACAGCGUGGGAGGGAAUCUGCUGCCCCGUUUCGAGGGCCUCAUCCUCAUCCUCCACAUUCUCGGUUUCUUCGCCAUUCUUAUCCCCCUAACAUACAUGGCGGAUCACUCAAGUGCGCAGGAGGUGUUCACCCACUUCCUGAACCUGGGCGAAUGGCCCACGCAGGGCUUGUCAUUCUUCAUCGGUCUAGUCGGUUGUGUAUUUGCAUUCGCAGGUGGUGACGCUGCUGUUCAUAUGUCUGAAGAAAUCACAAACGCGCCCGUUGCUGUCCCACGUUCUAUCAUGCUUAGUGUUCUCAUCAACGGAACAUUAGGUUUCAGUAUGCUGAUCGCCAUGUUGUUCUGCCUGGGAGAUAUCGACGCAGCCCUAGAGUCUCCAACUGGUUACCCUUUCAUGGCGAUUUUCCUCCAAGCGACGCACUCUGUGGCUGGCACAGCAACCAUGGGCUCUAUUAUCACGACCAUGGGAAUAUGCACAUCGGUGGGCAUGUUGGCUUCAACAUCGCGGCAAUUCUGGUCUUUCGCGAGAGACCGCGGAAUCCCCGGCUGGCGCUUAUGGAGCAGGGUGACCCCCGAAUCCGCCAUCCCAAUCUACUCCGUCGGCCUCACAACAAUAGUAGCCUGCCUACUAGCUCUGAUCAACAUCGGAUCCUCAGUCGCCUUCAAUGACCUCGUCUCCAUGUCUAUCUCCGGCCUUUACCUCUCCUACAUGGUCGUCGCCAGCCUCCUCCUCUAUAGACGCUGCACAGGCGGCAUCGGCAGCUCCAAAAGCAGCGACGACGCCAUCGUCAACACGGCCGGCGCAAAGCUCGUCUGGGGCCCCUUCCAUCUACCCGGUAUCUGGGGUAUCCUGGUCAAUAUCUUUGCGCUUAUAUAUAUGACGAUCGCAGUCUUCUUUAGUUUCUGGCCGCCGCAGCAUACGGUUACGGUUGAUACGAUGAAUUUUAGUGUGGUUGGCACUGUGGGGGUUAUCAUCUUAAGUCUUGUGUAUUAUGUCCUAAGGGCGAGGAAUGUUUAUGAGGGACCUAUUGUCGAGAUGCAUCUUUGAUUCUUGUUAAGUGUGGAUUUGUACUAUACUAUAUAUGUGGGUUUGAGAUGAUAUAGUUAGUCCCUUUUUACUUGGGGAACUAAUUUGUGACGUGACUUAUAUUCUUUUUUGUAAGCAUGAUGGUUUCUUCUCUACUAUUGUUAGAUUUUAUGACUCUGAAGAGGACGAGGC